AUGGACGAGCUUCGAGCUCGCGUUGCUGGGUACAUCCAAAUGGAGGAGCAUGCCGAGUUUCGCGAGGCAAUUCGCGGCAAACCACAAGGAAAGCAAGACCAAGAUUCACUGAUACAAUGUAGGUUCCUUAAGGAGCUGGACUUGCAGGAAAAUGAAGUUGAUGACCCCAAAGGCCAGUGGCUAAGCUGCUUUCCUGAUUGUAUAUCACUUGUCUCUCUUAAUUUUGCUUGCCUUAAAGGGCAAAUUAACCUGGGGGCUCUUGAGGGACUUGUAGCCAGAUCUCCUAACCUUAAAAGUUUAAGGUUAAACCAUACCGUGCCCCUCAGUGCACUCCAAAGGAUAUUGAGUAGAGCACCUCAGCUAGUGGACUUGGGAAUUGGGUCAUUUGUCCAUCAUCCAGCUUCUGAGACCUGCACUAACCUAAAGAAUACCAUUAAAAAGUGCGACUCAAUAACCAGUUUGUCAGGAUUUUUCGAGGUUGCUCCUCGCUGUCUCUCAGUUAUAUAUCCUAUUUGUAAGAACUUAACAGCCUUGAACCUGAGCUAUGCAGCAGGGAUUCAAAGCAGAUUUUUAAUAAAACUAAUUCACUUCUGUGGGAAGCUUCAGCGUUUAUGGAUAAUGGAUUGCAUUGGGGAUACAGGACUAGGUGUUGUAGCUUCCCGAUGUAAAGAUUUGCAAGAACUAAGGGUUUUUCCGUCUGUUCGUAUUGCUGGAGAUGACCCUUCAGGAGUAUCAGAAAAAGGACUUGUUGCAAUCUCUGAGGGUUGCCCUAAGCUUCACUCAUUGCUCUACUUCUGCAGGCAGAUGACAAAUGCUGCCCUCAUAACUGUGGCUAAAAACUGCCCAAAUUUCAUCCGUUUUAGGCUGUGUAUCCUCUAUCCAACAAAACCUGACCCUGAUACAAUGCAGCCACUUGAUGGCCACUGCUAG